AUGGGUCCCCAACGACGGCAGUUCAUCCAGUCUUUGCUGUCGUACCAUCGAAAUAUGGGGCAGACUCCCCCAGCCGAGGUAUUCUCGGGACCAUUACCAGGCGCGAUCGAGAUGGGGAGUUAUACCGUCGAGCUGGUAGAUCUGUUUAUGACCAUUAUGCGGCAUGCGAAUGGGCACGCUGGUCUGUUGAAGAAUGGCGAACCCCAUCCCGUCUUUCGCAACUAUGUCCAAACGCACGGUUUCCCAUCCCAACUCCCAUCUUUGGUCAACAUGCCAAAACCGCCCGGAUCGACCCUGCCUAUGCCGGAUCAAACGGACGAUCCGGUCAGGUUCCUGUAUAUGGUGUAUGUGACGUACCUGCAGGGGUUUGAACAUCAUAUGUUGAGGCAGAGGAGCGCGAUGAUGCAGAAGCAGCAGCAGCAGCAGCAGGGUGCGCCAACACCCACCGCUAGCACCCCAGCGGCGAUGACCGCUCCCAGCCCCGUCAUGUCUCACUUCCCUUCCUCCAUGGCUGGCGCAUCACCUCAUACCUCUCUUCCGCCUCACGUCGCUCAAUCACCUGCCGGACCGGUACAUACUCCCUCGCCGCCCGCUCCGCCCACUGCCAAAGGUCGGCCCAAGGCUCGGAAAGACGGGAAGGCGGGUCCGGCGCCUAUACAAGCCACCGGACUGCCGAGUACCGGAAUGGGACCUGCUACCAGUUCGCCGGUCACUGCGACGCCAACGAGCGCGGUCGCUGGCAAGAAGCGCAAGAAGGGGAAGAAAGAGCUUGCGGCUGAAAAGGCCGCACUUGCCGCCGAAGGUGGCGAUGCCUCCGUCCCUCCCACACCUACCACCGCAGUCUCCACCGCGGGUCCUCCCGCCCGACCGUCGACCCCCAAGCGCGCACGCUACAAGGUCGAAUACCGCCCCCUCCAUCACCCUGUCAGCCACAUGUGCGGCUGGGACGAGCGCGCCGUCGCUUCCACAUUCGCCAAGCACAAUCUCGCCCAGCCGGCGCGCUCGAUCCGCGAGCUCGAGAUUGUCGAUAUGGAGGCGAUCCUCAUGGGUCUUCGGUCGCGGAUGCGUCGGGAGAUGGGGUAUGGGCUGACGGUGCUGAGUAUGCUCAGCAUGCCGCAUCCCGAGGAGAAUAGCAUGGGCUUGCCCAUCGCGCGGUUGCAGGAUAUAUACCUGGAAUUGCUGGAGCUGCUGGAGGAGCUGGCACUGGGUGAUGAGGGGUUAGCGGGAUGGAAGAAGGCCAGAGAAGGAAAGGAGGGGAAGAUACAGGAAGACGAACAGGAGGCGAAGAUGGGGUUCAUGGACCUAGAACAGCUCGGGAGGGAUAGUGACUGGUCUGUCCCUGAUACGACCGACGCGCCUAAACGGAGAAGAGACCAUACCGGCGGGGAUACCGACCUCAUCCUAUCCAUCGUCAACCUCCUUCGAAACUUCUCCGUCAUGCCCGAUAAUCAACCCAUCAUGGCGCAGCACCCCGCCCUCUUUCACAUCCUCGCUGCCGUCUCGGACAUCUCGCUCGCGCGCCUUCCUACCCGCGGAACAGGGGACGAGCCUUACUCUAUCCUCGAGCUCGGUCGGAUCCGGCGGGACUACGUAUCGAUCCUUUCCAAUCUCGGGCAACAUACAAGCCUUCGGCUCGUCGAGCCCUGGGCGGUCCUUUCCAUCCAUCGGUUGCUUGCGUCCUUCCUUACUUCCGCAUGGUCCGCCCUCGGCGCCAAGGAGAGCUGGUACGCGGCCUACAUGCCCGUCCGGGAGGCCCCUCUGCCCAUCAUUCACUCGGUCAAUCGUGCGGUGGAGGCAUGGUGUGUCCUCUCCCAGGCAGACACGAACCGCGAGGUUCUGUCCAAGAUCCCAGGGGAUGAGCUCGUAGCACUCUACGAAGGGCUCGUGCGCCUCCUCCCCAACACCCGGAGACAGGAGGAGGCGCUCCAGAUCCACGAGGAUGUGUUGGUCAUGACGGAGUUCCUCGCUUUAUCGCUGUACUCGCUCGCCUUCCUCGCGCCCGCAUCGGUUAGGACACGGAUGCGCCACGUCCCCGGUGCGCUAGGCAUAAUUCUCCAUCUGAUCCAAACGACAGCAACGUCCACUCCACCCCCUCCGGUCCUUACGUCCGGUCUGGGCGCCGCUGCGCCCACUCCGCCCAUCGACGGCCGGGGCAAUAUCUUCCACGUGCUUUGCAGACGCCUGGCGGAGACGCUGGGUGUGCUGAAUGGGACGGUAUCGUGUACGAUGGACGGGCAGGUCGGGAUGAGCUUCUCGGCGGCCCUGGGGGGAGACGGGGAUGGGGACGGCUGGAGCUUUGCGAAUCGCCCGGUGGAGAGGGGUUGGUUAGCCGGGAGGGAAGAGAUGGUUUUGGGGUUGAUUGGGAGGAAUGGGGUGGAUGCGUAUGUGAGGCAGGAACUGGAUGGGAUGUGGUGGGCUGUGGGCGAGUAG